ACUUUCUAUUGAUGAACUACACAUAUAUAUAUAGCUGGGAAAGGCUCCCUAUAUAUGACAGAAUUGAAAUUUUCCACAUUUGUCUUAAAGACGAUGGCCUAUACCUGGUGGCUUACUGCAUAACUGCAAAUAAGUCGUUCUGAACUCCUGGCUGGUUCCACGACGCUUGGGUCAAGUAACAUGUUGCUGUUGUAUCCUAUCGUAGGCCUGUUGUUACUUCAACUAUCAAUGACAAUGGCUACAGGAUAUUUGGAGAAGUUUUUCAAAAAAUCUGAAUCAGUUCCACUUUUAACAUCCACCCAUAUCAUUUCGAGUCACAGUGUUCGUGCAGAUAUUGACUGUGCAUUUGAUUGUCUCGAGCAGUCAACAUGCGUUGGAUUUAAAUACAAGUAUGGCUCAACAAGUGGAUCAAUAAACUGCCAACUGAGCAUCACAAUAUAUACUGGCAAAGACCAAUUGAAAAGUCUUGAUGAUCAAGGCUGGGUGUUUUUUAAAGAUACAAAAAUUAUUUUGUUGCAUAUACACGUUGCAAGCAGUGGUUACAAUGAUCCUGGAGGAUUUUUUGCCCAUAUCAGAGUUAACGGAAAAGAUUAUGCAAUAAACAAACGAGGAUUUAACAUCGUGGUUAUUGAUAUCAGAACAGGCGAUGUCGAAAAUAGCACCUCUUUUGACACCUAUCAUGGUCACAAUGAGAUAUCGAGAAUGGUCCAGUUUCUAAAUACUGUUUUAUCUCAAACGAAGAAAUUGAUUCUGGCAGCCAUAAAUGAUGAAGGUUCAGGGGGAAUGACACAAGAUGCAUACGACGCACUCUCUGAGGCCGCAGGAGAAAACGUUGCCACAUUAGGUUUUCGAAGUUCAUUUGCCAUGAUUGGUUUUUCAGACAAACCAAAACCUUAUUUUGUGAGACAGAUUCGAAAUGUUGCAGGACAAGGACCAAGUGUCUUACAGGAAACAAUUGAAAUAAAACUUUAACUGCUAGUAUUGCAGUACUGGUAGCUUGACGACCUAGUAAUUAUGCAAAGAGUUGCAGGACGUGGACCAUGCGUCUUUCAAGAAACAAUCCAAAUUUAGUGUAAUUUAUAGCGUUAAUUAAGUUCGUUUAACUACUAUUAAACCACGGCCGCUGUCGACAAGAAUAUUGGUUACCGCAUUUUGACAUCCCAGGCAGAAACGAAGAUUAUACUUAUAGUAGGGAUAACAGUAAACAGUUAAAAAUUGUAUUUCACACGAGAGCUUCGUGUUGAGUAUUGCCAUCAUUGUAAUGUUAACACGUUAAGGGAUUUCUCGGCUUGAGUAGAUUUGCUGCAUGCUCUGCAUAUAUAUAUCGCAAAUAAACAAACUAUAAAACGCCAUGAUCCGUUAAGUCAAUUGUAUCCAAGAAAAUUGGACCGUUUAACAGACUUUGAAACAUACAAAAUCAAGAUAACGAAUUUAAUAUUUGCGCUACUUCAUGUUAAAUUCUAUACAUUCAAUUUCUGUUCUGUAUAGGGCGUUUUGUUUGAACAGGUGCGUGCCAUCGUGUAUGUCUUGGUUAUUAUGCUGUUAUUAAUGCCGGUUCUGUUUUCUUUUUAUCUCUCUCUAUAGUCUAUAUACGCGAGAUAGCGAGGAUGCCUUGAAUCGCCUGUUUGAGUUUUCUCUAAAUGUUUCACUUGACUUUUAGUUCAGUUCACUGAUGACUGGCUUUAGGUUGUCGAAGCGUUUUUAUAUAACGGUUGAGUGGAUCAGUUGACACAACAGCUUGCAACCAGUUUGUUGCAAAGUUAGCUUGCAUGCAUGGUUUUGGCUUUGAAGUCAGCAAACUUUACGGGUCAUCACGCGCCAACGUUUGACGUAAAACGAGAGCUCAGACAAAAUUGCAUACACUAAAACUGUUACUACUCUAAUUCUACACUUAAGUUGUCAUUCAUGGAAGGAAAAUUAAUUAAACGGCCCAAGAUUAU